AUGAGUAACUUUGGUCAGAUCCUGAAGGAGAUCGGGGAGUUUGGUUUGUUUCAGAAACGGUUAUUGGUUGUAUUAUGCAUCCCCAGCAUGUUUUCAGCUUUCGACUUUAUCGGUCCGGUGUUUAUAGGCAUGAGCUUCCCACAUCACUGUAACACUGACUGGAUCUUGGAGCGUGGGCCAAACCUGACGGAGGAGAGGCAAAGAAAUCUCACCCUCCCAGUGGGGAAGGAUGGAAGUUUUGAAAGCUGUGAAAUGUUCACACCUGUGGAUUUAGAUUUGGAAACCAUUGAAGUGUAUGGGAUUAACAGUACAACAGGAUGCACCAAUGGAUGGGACUAUGAGGCACCCAUGGGUGCUUCCAGUAUUGUGACAGAGUUUGAUCUAGUUUGUGACAAGAGUGGUUUGAUUGAGGCAGCACAGUCCAUUUCUAUGGCUGGUGCUCUGGUUGGUACGCUGGUGUACGGGACAAUUUCUGACAGGUUUGGUCGGCGCUUUGCGAUCCUGCUUUCCCUCCUUCUCCCAUUGUUGUUUGGUGUGGGUGUUGCUUUCUCCCCCAACAUCUAUGUCUAUAUCCUUCUCAAAUUUCUCUCUGGGAUUUCAACUGUUGUCAUUCAAAUGAACACAUCAGUGUUGGCGGUGGAGUGGACUGAUCCCUCUAAGGUUGCUCUUUGCACAAUGGUCAUCGUAACAUUGUGUUCUGUUGGACUAACCUUAAUGUCCAGCAUUGCCUAUUUAAUCAACAACUGGAGGAUCCUGCAGCUGGUGCUCUUCAGCCCUCUCAUCCUUAUCCUGGGGUUAUUUUACUGGUUUGUCCCAGAGUCAGCUCGCUGGCUGAUGACCCAGGGCAGGAAGGAGGAGGCACUAAAGGAACUCCGGAGGGCAGCCAGGGUGAACGGGAGAACGGUCCCAGAAGAUCUGCUGGACAAGCUUGAGAUGGAGGGUGCAUCCAGAAGAAGAAACGUGUUGGACCUCUUCCGGAUACCGUAUUUGAGAAAACGUACUUUCAUAAUGAGCUUUAACUGGUUCUCAACAAGUCUUCAAUAUUAUGGGCUGAGCCUGAAUGUUGGCAGUUUCGGCCUGAAUAUCUACCUCACACAGUUCAUCUUUGCUGUUGCUGAAAUUCCUGCAAUGUUUGUUCCUUUGGCUCUAAUUCAACACUUUGGAAGGAGAAUAUGUCAGGCAGGCUGUCUUCUCUUGGGUGGGGCUGCUUGCCUCAUGGUCCUUGUUAUCCCACAUGAUCUUCCUGUGGUGGUAACAACCAUAGCAUUACUGGGGAAAUUUGCAUCUGCUGCCUCUUUCAACACAGCCUACGUUUACACUGCAGAAUUAUACCCAACCGUUUUAAGGCACAAAGGUUUUGGUGUAAACUCCAUGUGUGCUCGUGUGGCAGCCAUCAUCGCUCCACUGAUCAGGCUGCUGGAUGUUUACCAUUACACCAUCCCCAUGCUGAUAUACGGCAUCGUCCCCAUUGCUGCUGGAUGUUUCACUUUCCUACUGCCUGAAACCCUCAAUGUUGAGCUUCAGGACCACGCUGAGCUCAAACUCAGACUCAUUGGACACCACGUCAGCAGAGCUCCUCAGAAGCCAUCGGUUCUUGUGCUGAACGUGUCCAAAGCCUUCGUCGUAAUUCCCUUUUCUUCUGAACAGUUGUUGGUAGUGAAAUAUGCAGUAGAAUUCCCCAUGUAA